UUGGGAAUGAAAGUGCUGUCAGCCACUCCUAUGAACCCACCCACAAACCGACUGCAGGACGUGUGCUGUCAUACCUCCGGAUACGUUGAAUGAUACAUUUUGGUUGAAGUCGCAACGCUGAAAUCGGUGUUGUCGAUACGCAAGACAUUUGAGUGUCGAUAUGUACGGUGUGUGUAUAAAGCUGAAAAUGAUCUAGGGUCUGUGCACGGCGGCAGGUUGAAGACCGUCAUUUCGGCUCUGCUGUUGCUGAAUUCAUCAUGAAAUGUGGAGACAAUCCCGUAGAGCCAAAAUGGCGGCAGCGUCGCCCUGACGCCUGAGCGCAAAGGGGCAGAAACGCACCGCUUGACUUUGGACUUCCCGCAAGAGUUACCGCACCGUGUGGCCGGACGCGCACUGCAGGCGGUAGUGUGAUGUUGCAGUGUUUAGGCAGGUGUCUGCUGUCCUAUCGCAUCACUGGGCGCAGGAUGAUGUCACAACAAAGUCUUGCAGGACGAGUUGCCAUAGUGACAGCAUCCACAGACGGUAUUGGUCUUGCUGCAGCACAGGCUUUAGGGCACAGAGGGGCUCACGUUGUUGUGAGCAGCCGGCGGAAGGAGAACGUGGACAAGGCCGUGGCACUGCUGCAGGGUGAGAAGAUACAAGUGACCGGAACUACUUGCAAUGUGGGGAAGAGAGAAGACAGAGAAAGACUGGUGAACAUGACGGUGGACCAGUGUGGCGGGGUGGACAUCCUGGUCUCCAACGCCGCGGUCAAUCCUUUUUUUGGGAACAUCAUGGACUCAACUGAGGAAGUCUGGGACAAGAUCCUGGAUGUGAACGUGAAAGCAUCUUUCCUUCUGACCAAACUCGUGGUGCCUCACAUGGAGAAAAGAGGGGGCGGGUCAGUUGUGUUUGUGUCAUCAGUUGCUGGGUACCAGCCAAUGCAGGCUCUGGGACCCUACAGCGUGAGUAAGACGGCCCUGCUAGGGCUGACACGAGCCCUCGCCCCAGAGCUCGCUCACAGCAACAUCCGGGUCAACUGUGUGGCCCCGGGUGUCAUCAAGACCCGCUUCAGCUCUGCACUCUGGCAGAAUGAGGACAUUGUGGAGGAGUUUAAGAAGCAGUUGGCAAUCAAAAGGCUGGGGGAGCCAGAGGAUGUGGGUGGAGUCAUUGCGUUCCUGUGCUCUGACGAGGCGUCAUACAUCACCGGGGAGACCGUCACCGUGACGGGAGGGAUGAGCUGCAGGCUGUGAGGGGAGACGUCGUACAUCACCGGGGAGACUGUCAAGGCUGCCAGACUCGCUGUGUGUGUGUGUAAGUGUGUGUGUAAGU